CACUACGGCGUGUUGGGCGUGUCGCCGCGGUCCGACGACGCGGACGUGCGGCGGGCCUACCGCAAGGCCUCCAUGCGGUGGCACCCGGACCGCCAGAAGGACGGCGACGUCACGCGCGACGACCGCGCGCGCGCGGAGCGCCACUUCCGCCGCAUCAACGAGGCCAAGGAGGUGCUGCUGGACUCCUACAAGCGCGCGGUCUACGAC